AGCCAUUUCUCGGGUUGCAGCCAGUCGCAGCCAGUUCUCAGGUCACUGCGCGAAAGGCCAUGGACAAGCUAGCGCCCGUGCUAGGUGGUCUUGGGGGCCUAUGGGCUGCGUACAACAUCGUGCCGGUGAUGUAUCGCUGGGAGCUCAUCCCAGGAGUGGCAUCGGAGGAGUGGUGGGCCAGGGCGAAGACGAUCAAGUACGACCACUACUCGGAGGGCAUCAUUUACUCCCCCUAUGACACUGGCGACCCCAUCAGGGAGAUGCCGGAGCAGUGCAAAGGCAAGAUGCUACUGCGCCAGAAGCGCGGCGGCUGGAAGCUUCAGAGCGAGAUGGAGGAAUAGACGCGGGAUCUUCGGAGUUUCAGAUAUUUGAAGGAUCUCAGUGCGUCGUUCACUGACCGAUGUUUGAUUCCAAAGAAUGUGGCCAG